CGAUUUCGCAGCGUCGGCGCUUGUUGAGUGCGUCAUUUCCGGGCAGCGCGGAACGGAGCAGCCAACGGUCGGCGGAGCAGCAUGCCUAAGUUUUAUUGUGACUACUGCGAUACAUACCUCACCCAUGACUCUCCAUCUGUGAGAAAGACACACUGCAGUGGUAGGAAACACAAGGAGAAUGUGAAAGACUACUAUCAGAAAUGGAUGGAAGAGCAGGCUCAGAGCCUGAUUGACAAAACAAAUGUUAGAAAUUUUUUGGCAUUAAAAGCGGCUGCAUUUCAACAAGGAAAGAUACCUCCUACUCCAUUCUCUGCUCCUCCUCCAGCAGGGGCGAUGAUCCCGCCUCCCCCCAGUCUCCCGGGUCCUCCCCGCCCUGGGAUGAUGCCAGCACCCCAUAUGGGGGGCCCUCCCAUGAUGCCAAUGAUGGGCCCUCCUCCUCCUGGGAUGAUGCCAGUGGGACCUGCUCCUGGAAUGAGGCCACCCAUGGGAGGCCACAUGCCAAUGAUGCCUGGGCCCCCAAUGAUGAGGCCCCCUGCCCGUCCCAUGAUGGUGCCCACCCGGCCAGGAAUGACUCGACCAGACAGAUAAGGACUGAGGGCAGCUUCUUUGUAUCAGUUUUAUAUUACUUGUCCUACUUCACCAGGAGAUUGUAAUGCCGUGACUCUGGGUGUUUUCUAACAGCACAGCAAGGAAGACUUGCUCCCCCUUUCUAUCAAAGAGAAAAUAGUUUUGGAGUGGAGUAGUAGACCAAAAAAGAAAAAAGGGGCAGUUUUUGUUUGUAUUGUGACAUGUGAAAAUAAAAUUGUCUACUCUUUUAGUUAAUAAUAACGUGUUCCCGUUUUUCUCCCCUCUGUAUUCUUUGUGUAUUAGAAAGAAAAUGAAACAUGCUAGUUGUGUUUCUGUAGCUCGUUUUAUCUUCAGCAUGGUCU